ACCACAUAUGUCAUUUCCGGAAAAUUUGGAAAAGUUUGUACUGAAAUGAGCUGAAACGGAAGCAGCGUAUACGUUUAUUUUGACUUGACAGCUGACAUGAAACAAAAACAAAAAACAGUUUCCAAUAAUGUCUCUCGCAAAAUUUUAAUGAAAUUACUACAUAACAAAGUUUGCGAUUUAUAAUUUUCUUUUAGGUCUUCGUUGUUAGGUGUCUUAUUCCAUAAGCAUUGAGCGUUAUUAUUGCACGCCGUAGAAUGCCUAACACGAGCUUUUAGGUCAUUUAUCGCUUAUAUUCAUUAACUGCAGCAAAUGGAGCUAGUUGCCACACAUGACACUUUCUUGCGUGACGAGGAUCAGCAAUCGCAAAACAGCUCGAAACAAACAUAUUCAGUGCCAAACAAACGGAAAAAUGAUAAAGUACAGGAAGAGAAAGUGGUCACAGAGCAGCAAGCUAAGGAUAAAAAGGAACAAGCUGAAAAUAUAUCUUCAAUGUUAAUAUGCAACUAUGACAAUAAGUUGUAUGGUGAAGAUGACACGUCUCAACCAACGUCACGAACUGCGCCCAUAAUACCUAUAGAAGCUACUCGCAAGAAAAAGAAGAGAAAGAGAUCUCAAAUAUCAAUAUGCCUGACAAAUUGCCGAUAUGAAUCAAUACGGAAAGUUGCUAGUGCUUUUGGGAUGCGAGAAGUAUCCGAAGAAGAUGCUUGGAAUUUUUACUGGACAGACAUGAGUGUCUCUGUGGAGAGAGCAAAAGAAAUGAAGAGGUUUCAACGCAUCAAUCAUUUUCCUGGAAUGUUAGAAAUAUGCAGAAAAGACUUACUAGCACGGAAUUUGAACAGAAUGCAGAAAAUUUAUCCUAAGGAGUACAAUUUUUUUCCAAAAACUUGGUGCUUGCCUGCAGAUUUUGGUGAAGCAUUAAAUUAUAGUAAGUCACGUAAAAAUAAGACAUUUAUUAUAAAACCAGAAUGUGGAAGCCAAGGCCGCGGCAUCUAUUUAACGAAGUCGCUAAGAGAUAUUAAACCUACAGAUAAACUUAUCUGUCAGGUGUAUUUAUCCAAGCCAUACUUGGUUGAUGGAUACAAGUUCGAUAUCCGAGUAUAUACUCUUAUAACAUCGUGCGACCCUCUUCGAAUUUUUGUGUAUAAUGAAGGACUUGUAAGGUUCGCUACGAGUCGGUAUGCAGACCCUAAUGUAAAUAACACGACAAACGUGUUCAUGCACCUUACUAACUAUGCGUUGAAUAAACAUAGUCGCACAUACGUGUAUGAUUCGGAAGCGGGAAGCAAACGCAAGAUAUCGACUUUGAACAAGAUCCUGUUAUCACAAGGCGUCGACCUGGACAGGCUGUGGCACGCCAUAGACCAAGUUAUCGUGAAGACAAUAAUAUCUGCGUGGCCGAUACUCAAGCAUAGCUACCACGCAUGCUUUCCUUCGCAUGAUAUGGUGCAUGCCUGCUUUGAAAUACUGGGCUUCGAUAUCCUUCUGGAUCAUAAAUUACACCCCUACAUACUGGAAGUAAAUCAUUCGCCGAGUUUUCACACGGACACGCAGCUAGACCGCGAGGUGAAAGAAGGCCUACUCACAGAUACGUUCACGAUGCUCAACAUAUGGCAAUGUGAUAAGAGAAGAGUUCUUGAGGAAGACCGCAAGAGGAUACGAGACCGGCUCCUGCAGACUAACAAAUUUGCAGAAUAUACACCAGCAGAAGAGAAAGAACCCGAAAAAAGUCCAUGGCAGACGCAAAUACAAUGGGAGGAAACACAUCUUGGAAACUUUAGGCGUGUAUAUCCAGUGGGCGAACAGUACGCCUCUCUUUUCCAACAGCCGUCAGGCUCGUUGUACACUGGUACCGCUUCAUCGCGGGCACGAGGAGACUGCACACGCUUACAAAGGGAAGAAUUUCAGCAAACGAAAGCUAAGGCGGAAGCGCUAAAGAAGCCAUCUCAACCAAAGGCCCCUAAGGAAGGCGAAAAGAAAACUGAAGAUGGAAACUCAACAGCUACCGCAGUCACUACAAACACAACCACAACCACAGAAAAGACGACCAAAACAAAAGUUCGCGCCGAAAAAGAACAGAAACGUAAAGAGAAAGAUGAUAAAGAUAAAAAGCUUAGCAACAAACCGUCACUGUCUCAGCAACCGGUUCCCGAAAAAGAGAUCAAGCCUCCGUACGUACUGUGUUCAUUCGAGCCCGAUCCUAUCGUGGAGAAAGAGGAACGCGAGAGAGUCAAUUUGUUGGCGCAGAGGGAUUUCCUCAUAAGAAGUUACGGCAUGUUAGAGCAGAUUUAUUUAGUCAUGAAAAAAAUGGGAACACUAAGGCCAGAAGACGAGCGGAAAUAUGGCGUCUACGGACGUUUAUCAGUAGUUUCCAGUCCGCCCAAGACCGCCAUUAAGAAGAGCAAAUCAGUUGCAAAGAGGCGUUACGUCAACGGCGAUUACUCGGAAAGUGGACUACGUGUGCAGUGCCGUGACGUGGUGAUAUACGAACGUCCGUCGCCGCUAUUGGACUUUCCAGAGCGCACUACUAAAGCACAUCUCGUCCGCACCGCUUACAAUAUAUGGAGAAUGAACUCAUCAGUAUCGCUCCCGCUGCCCAAGUAA